AUGGCAGUCACAGCAACCGAACCACGUCGAGAAAUACAACCCAAAGGGGAAACCGACAUCGAGGGCCGGGAUUUUGACCUUGCCGAAGUAGCGUACGUUCCAACCACAGGAGUUCGCAAAUUAUUCGAAACACCUCUUGUCCUAGCGACGCCCGAGAGCGUCAAGGAUUAUGGGGAGAUUGUCGAUGUGCCUGAAAAGCAUCGCAUCGAGAUCGUACGUUGGCCUGCCCAGGGAUGGCGGCCGGUGGACGCGAACUCCGGCGACCAGGGCGGAGUGACCGAGGGGCUGUUUGAGUUCUGGUGGAAAGGCGACACUCUCUAUGCGCGCAACAACGCUGUUGGCAGCAGCUAUCUUUUUGCCUGGAGCCAGUAUCCUGAAGAGGCCGCCACCACCGGACCUGCGCGACCUCGUGAAAGAGCGAUGAUCUGGCGCGCGAACUACCACCCCGACGGGGGUCAGUUAUUUUAUCCGACGGAUGGGCAGAGUUUCGUGGUUCCACUCGCCCUGCCAGGUGACGACGUAACUCCCGAAAAGUUCGUCGCGUUUCGAUGCGACGGCGGCAAAGGAUUGUAUAUCCAUCCAAAUAUCUGGCACGGGGCCGUUGUGCCUGUCGAGGACCAUGCACGUUUCGUUGAUCGACAAGGCCGUGUGCACGCCCGUGUAUCUGUAGACUUCGCCAAGGAGUUUGGGGGAUACCUGUCUGUACCUUUGCGGUCUGUCGUGCAGUGA